AUGGCCAACUCACCACCCACCGUGUCUGCCGCCACCAAGGCAAAGCUCGACGGCAUUCUCAAGAAGCAUGUCGACUCUGGCCUCAUGCCAGCCGCUACCUUCGCCAUUGCCACGGCCGACCCCAAGGCCGAGCCGCUCUACUUCAAGGCCGAAGGCGACCAGGUGUUGGGCCAGCCAGACAAGGGCCAGAUUGACGAGAACACUAUUCUCCAGCUCAUGUCGAUGACCAAGCUGGUGGUCUCGCUGUCGGCACUCCAACUCGUGGAAGCAGGGAAGCUCACUUUGGACGACCCGGACCUCAUUGCAAAGUACCUUCCCGAGCUCGGAACGCUCCCGAUUCUCACGGCCAUUGAGGACGGCAAGGCCGUUGAGCACAAGGCCACCAAGCGGAUCACACUUCGCAAUCUGCUUACGCACACGAAUGGCACUGGUUAUGAUGUCAUGGUCCCGCUCCUGGGCGAGUGGGUCAAGCUGAACAAUGCUGGCACGAUCAUUGCGACCGACCUUACUGUCAAAUCGUUUGAACUUCCUCUCAUCUUUGAGCCCGGAGAGGGAUGGAACUACUCGCUUGGUCUGGACUGGACGGGAAUUCUCAUUGAGCGCGUCACGGGCCAGUCGCUCGAGGACUACUUCCAGGAGCAUAUCUUCAAGCCGGUCGGUGCGACGACUCUCACUUUCACGCCCAAGGAAGACGACUACAAGCGUCUCCAGCAGGUCACGACACAUGACCCCACUGACCACAAGCUCAUCAUCUUCCCCGGCAUCCGCGACUGCACUCCUGGGUCGGCCAAGGGACAGGCCUCUGGCGGCGCCGGUCUGUACGGUACCGCGCGUGACUACCUGCGCGUCCUCCAGGGCGUCAUGGCUUCGGCCAAGCCCGGCGGCAUCAUCUCGCCCGAGUCGUUCAAGCUACUGUUUACCAACCAGUUGCCCGAGGCGCCGGCAGGUACUUUCCAAGGACAGUCAGACUUUGCUCGUUUCAUUCCCCACAUUUCACCUGAACUGAUCGAUGGCGGCCACCUCACACACUCUCUCGGCGGGUUUGUGUGCAAGGUCGACAGCCCACACGGUCGCAAGAAGGACAGCAUGUGGUGGGAGGGUAUCUACAAGACCUUCUACUGGAUGGACCCCACGACAGGCGUCACGGGUGUGUUCACCACCCAACUGUUUGCGUUUGGCGUACCGAACGAGCCGUUUGAUCUGGCGUUCAACGAGCUGGAGCGUGCUUUCUAUGACUCUCUCUGA